UAAACAGAUACUUGUAAGCAACUAAAGUGAAAUGUAUAACUUAAAUUUAACAGUACUUUUAUUUGUGUCUAUUUUCCUCCAAGUACUCCUUGUCGGGGGACAAUUUAAUAUGAGCAUUUACAAGCAAAUGCCGCCACUAUAUCGAUUCGAUGACUACGAUCAAUGCCUGCAACUUGAAAACCUCAACUUUCCCGCUAAGGCAACAUACUGUGUCGUAUUCUCUGAAAUCGUACAAAAUGAAGAGUCAACUCUUUGGAAGGAAAUAUCUAGGAUGUCUGCAGAUAGUGAACAUCAUUUCAGACAUGACCGUUUAUUCUUUGGAGUUUGCUUGGAACGAUGCAAAAGUUUAUUACGACCAAUUUUAAAAGUUCGUCAGCACGAACUUUCCCGUAAAGGGGCCAUAAGAGAUACUGAGCUACUUCAAUAUUACUUUGAUGUGCAUAACAGGGAUACCGAUAAUCGUAUUAAAUAUGAGAAGCUCGUAAGCAGUUGUCUUAAUUACGAAUUUCAAAAAAAAUUUGGCUUAGAAUUGCGAACAAGCAUUGAAUACUGUGAACAAGCGAAUGUCAACUUAGAACAUGAUUUCUUGGAUAUUUCUGUUUACGCCAUUUUUGCAAUUAUUAUGUUGGCCUCAAUAUUUUCCACACUUUUCGACUAUCGUCUCAAAUUGAGUCAAACUUUGAAUAAUAACAAUAACGAAUUUUAUAAAACUCCACUUGUGAACUCAGCUCAACAACUUUUGGUGUCUUUUUCAAUUUGUCGCAACUUCUAUCGAAUAUCCCAUACUACGAAAAGUUGCCAACAAACCACAGAGGAGCUUCGAUUUUUUGAUGGCUUGCGUGUAAUUGGUGUUUUUCUAGUUAUAUUUGUGCAUUCUUUGAUUCUUUUUAUGGCCGUCCAAGUGGAAAAUCCAGAAUUUUUCGAACAAUUUUUCUAUCGACCGGAAACAGCUAUUAUCGAAAAUGGCGCAGCCAUAAUACAAGUAUUUUUUGUUAUGAGUGGAUUUUUGCUAUAUGUAAAUUUCAACGAAAGGAAAUUUGUAAAUACAAAUACGAGCAUUGGCGAUUGCAUAAUUGUCUACUUUCAAAUUUUCUUUCAUCGCUAUUUAAGACUUUUGCCAUCACUAGUAAUACUCAUACUUUUCAAUUCCACUGUUCUUGUGCGUUUACAAAAUGGACCAUUUUGGCGGCAUUAUGUGGAGGCGGAACGCGUGUUUUGUCGGGAAUAUUGGUGGAAAAAUGUGUUUUUCGUUAAUAACUACCUAUUCAAAGAGAGUUGCUCACAUCAAACCUGGUAUCUAGCAGCCGAUAUGCAACUUUUUGAAUUAUUCCUUACAGUUUUGAUCGUCAUCAAUAAAUUUCCAACACUUCGAAAACUUGCAUAUUCCAUUCUACUAGUAUUAACUUUCUCGAUAACAGGAUUCAUUACAUACUUUUUAAAACUAAAGCCGAUAUAUCACACAAAUCCAGAAAACUAUCGUUAUAUGUUUUUUCGCAAUGCCGAAACUUUUUACCAAGCAUACACACCCUUCUAUACAAAUAUUGGUGGCUACCUAUUUGGCUUCAUUACCGCAGAACUAUACUUGAAGUUACGCAACAAUUGCAAACAAUGCCGUGGAAUAUUAAAAUAUGAACUCAGCUGGUGGCUAAUAUUUCCCAUUGCUUUUGGUCUACUUUUCUUCGCUGGAUUUUUUAUGUCAAUAGAUUUCGAGGAGCCCUCAAUUUGGGUCGCUCUAUUUGCGAACUUUUAUCGGAAUAUAUGGGUUUUAAUCUGCUGUGCAGUGAUUUUGGGCAUGUGCUUAAAAUUGGGAUGGAUUGCUUACGAAUUUUGCUGUUUUAAGUUUUUCCGCAUUUUUUCGAAAAUUUCAUAUCAAGCCUAUUUGUGGCAUCUAGUCAUUCUGCGUGUAAUGGGUGGCUUCUAUAGACAGCCAAUUUAUGUAAAUCGCUUUUAUUUGUUCUGCCAAAUUAUAAUCGCCUUUGUAUUGACUCAAAUCGUCGCUUUUGUAUUUGCAUUGUUUUUCGAAUAUCCAUUUGCAGAGUUGAUUAAAAACCUUUUACCAUAUUAUAAAGUUGAAAGGAAAGAAAGGAGGAAGGAAAUGUAUGGCUUAACAUGAAUAAAAACUAAAAUUUACUUUGUGUUAUUACUAUGUACUUUAUAUUAUACACAAAUAAACAUUUAUCUGCAAACAGCGU